UCCCUGGCUGUGGCAAGAGUCUCAGUGGCGGAUGUGAAGUGUGAGAAUAUUUACAGGGACUUCUCUGACUGUGUUCUGGAGCUGGGGGAGGGCAUGGAUAACUACCAGGAGAACGUGACCAGCGAGAUGGGAGUGGAAGUUGUGUGUAGGUGAGAGGGGUGUGUGUGUGUGCGUGUGUGCAAUGUAGCUGCACUUACUGUACAUCUGUGUUUGCAGUGCACCAGGAUCUCAUGGGACCUGAUUACUCUUACGACCGUAAGCAGAACGUAUAAAACAGCGUCUGUAUUUUUUCAUGCAGUCUCCUUCUGCUUGUGCAUAUAAGAUCUAGUAUCUAAAUCCAGUGAGGUGUGUACCUUGCGUAAGAACAGUGGAGAGAAGAGAGAGAUGCUGUAACCUCCGAGGAAGAUAGCAGAAGUGAAUGGUGCUGAAACACUGAGCCACUGUACUGAAUAAUUAAUGACUUUGCUGCAGCAGUAAUGAAACUCAGAGGCCAUCUUUUUUGUUUAUUGUUACUGAGUGCAUUCCAAUACAUAGUACAGUAUAUUACUGCCUAAAGCUUACACAGGCCUUGCCUUCCCCGGGUGAAACAUGUUCCUGUGCAGCAUCAGCUCUUUUUUCUAAUCUAAUUUCUGUGGCUACAAAAUAAAGGAGGGUUGAUCUUGCAAAACGCUAGAAUAAAAUCUGUUACAGUAUCGCUGGACACUUGUAUAAAAACAACAAUGCAAAACAAUAAUAAACCAAAAAUACUCAUGUAAAACACACUUUCAGCCAUGUGUGUUACAGGUGAGCUUUGAAGCCUGGCAUGUGAGGCGAUUAAAGUGCCAGAUAAAUCAAAGUAAUGACAUUCUUAAAUCCAAUAGAUUGAAAACCAAUGGCAUGUUUUAAUGUCAAAUAUGAAACAGGUAGUGUAAUUGUGGAAAGACCCUCUUGUAAAGCACUUUGAGACAACUGCUGAUGUAAAAAGGGCUUUAUAAAAUAAAUUUGACUGAUUUAUUGAUUGAUCUUUCACACCUAGCCACUGGGAGGCGUUCCACACGUGUGCCCUGACGGCACUGUCCAGGUGUCAGGAGGAGGUGGGCUCCAUCUGGGAGACCCUAAGAGAAGACUCCAGGAAGAUCCGCUUCCAGGGCAGCCUCUUUGACCUGUGCAGCCCCAGCUCGGCCCCCAGCCUGCGCUCGCCUCUACCCCUGCUGCUCCUGGGCUUGCUGAUCCUGGGAGGGCCCAUCUGGCCCUCCACAUAG